CCCGGAGAGCCGCGGGCGGAAUUUAGGCGUCACCGAGCUGCGACGUCACUGAGAACUAGCCUUCCCCUGGGAUUUAAUUCAAGCCUUUAAUCUUUUUUAUUGAGCGCCAAUUAUGGAUCUGCACUGAAUAAAGCCAGGGACAAGUCAUUCCACGUGUGUCGCAUCUAGGCUAAUCCAUGCCCUUGUUCCUUCCUCAUAUGUAUAUUUCUGGAGGCCCUGCAGGUCCGAAGGGACUAGGACUAUGCUCUCCAGACUUCCCAGAGUGCAGAUCCCUUGGUCAUAGGGCCACAUUCCCCUUCCCCCAGAACAUUUCCUCCAGCCAUAUAAGGAGAAGCAGCUGCUGGGGGCGUCCCCAGGACCUAAAGAUAGCUGCCCCUGCCUCGGACUCCAAAAGCCACAGGGCAGUGGGAGCCGCCAUGGCACGACAGCAUGCCACGACACUGUGGUACGACAGGCCCAAGUAUGUGUUCAUGGAGUUUUGUGUUGAGGACAGCACCGAUGUUCAUGUGCUUCUUGAAGACCACCGCAUUGUGUUCAGCUGCAAGAACGCCGAAGGAGUGGAAUUGUAUAAUGAGAUUGAGUUCUAUGCCAAGGUGAACUCCAAGGAUUCCCAGGAUAAGCGUUCUGGUCGGUCCGUUACUUGCUUUGUGAGGAAAUGGAAGGAGAAAGUGGCCUGGCCCCGGCUCACAAAAGAGGAUAACAAGCCAGUUUGGCUGUCUGUAGAUUUCGAUAACUGGAGAGACUGGGAAGGAGAUGAAGAGGUAGAGCUUGCUCAGGUGCAGCAUUACGCAGAGCUUUUGCAAAAGGUCAGUACCAAGAAACCACCCCCUGCUAUGGAUGACCUGGAGCCACUAGGAUUCAGAUGCUACCAUGAUGCCAACCUGACUUCCCUGGGCAGACGACCUCACCAAUGUGUCCUGGAACCCUGUCUCCCCAGAUCCCUGCCCCACUAGGGAAAGAGACAGGCUGGGAGUAUGGAUCGACCUGCCAAUGCCCAUGUUCAGUGGAGAAGCAAUUACAGAAGCCAGAGACCUUUCACCUUCUGCAUCCCAUAAUGAUCCUGGGUCCAUACUCUCAGAGGGAUAAAUAAAAAAGCUAUCAAGGGAGGGCAUUGGAUACGGAGUUUGGGUGGUGUGACUUGUGUGGAAUUGUACCCCUCUUAUCCUAUGGUCUUGUGAAUAUUUCCAUUUUAUAAAUAAAUUCAAAAAAGGAAAAAAGUUUUAGGGGGUUGGGUGGGUAGCACAAUGGGUUAAGUGCACAUAGUGCAAAGCACAAGAACCUAUGAAAGAAUCCCGGUUUGAGCUCCCAGCUCUCCACCUGCAGGGGGGUCACUUCACAAGCAGUGAAGCAGGUCUGUAGGUGUCUAUCUUUAUCUUACCCUCCUCUCUCGAUUUCUCUCUGUCCUAUCAAACAGCAGCAACACAACAACAACAACAAUAGGGAAAAAAUAGCCUCCAAGAGCAGUGGAUUCAUUGUGCGGGCAUCAGGCUUCAGUGAUAACCCUGGAGGCAGGCAAAAAAAAAAAAUUAAAACACCCCCCCUUUUUUUUUGGCUUUUCAUGAUCCUGGAUAUGGCAUAGUGAACCGUAAGUAUUGAAUCUGAUGCACAUGGUCCCAAUUCUUUUUUGUUUUAAUUUUUUUAUUUAUUGAUUCAUGAAAAAUGAUAGGAGAGAGAGAAAGAACCAGACAUCACCCUGGUACAUAUGCUGCCAGGGACUGAACUUAGGACCUCAUGCUUGAUAGUCCAAUGCCUUAUCCACUGUGCCACCUCCCGGACCACAACAAGGUCCCAGUUCAAUCCCUGCCUUCUUUUUUUUUUUUUUAA